UCUGGAACUUUGCGCUCUUCGUUACUUUAUCUUCACAGUUUCUUGUGAGUUCUUUUAUGGUUAAUUUUCCGCAGAUUAGAAUAAGCAAAUGGGGGAGAGAUUGCGAAAGACUGUUUGGGGUUGAAAUCCAUGGCGAAAUCAAUUAUGUAUCAUCUCUGACCAUUGAAUUUCAUUGCGGAAUUGGGUUUGAAUUUUUGGGCAAAAUUUUGAAACUUUCUGGUGUCAGCUGUUAAUCUGAGGAUUCUGUUUUAUUUUUUGUGAACCAUUUCCAAAGAUACUGUCAUCAUCGAGGUGACAGUACGGAAUUCACCUCUGGGAAUGUUCGAACCCAAUGGAGAUGUCGCAUAUUACGCAUUUCACAAGUUUGGAGAUAAUGGGUGCUUGAUGAAAUUCGUUGUCUGUGAUUUUACCCAUCCGACAAGUUCCUUCUAUCACACCCUUUGUCUUCGCGAAGAAGACAGAGAAGGUUGUGAAGUUGUCGGAAGAGUCCCUGAGCAAAUCAGUAGAAGCUCUUCUGGAUCGCACCUUAAAUACGAAUCUCGGAAACCAUCUGUUUGUGAGUCGAGUUGUCUGCAGCAUUGGUUCAAGAACUGGCAAGAAAAGAGGAAGCACAAGCUAACAGCCAGUACUUUUGCUCAGGCGAUCGGUUUCUUUCCUCGCCGUAGAGUCCAGCUGUGGCUGGAGAAAAUCGGGGCAAUCAAGCCAUUCUCCGGCAACAUGGCCACCGCUUGGAGCAACGUUAAGGAGCCAACGGCUCUGGAGAAAUAUAAGCUGAUAACUGGAUGCAGUGUUACCCAUCCCGGGUUUCAAAUGUAUGGCGAGAAAAACCCGGAAUACGAUUGGAUCGGAGCCUCCCCUGAUGGAGCCAUUGAUGGUAAUGUAUAUGGGUUAUCUUCUGGAGGCGUUCUAGAGAUAAAAUGCCCCUACUUUGACGGAGAGAGACAACCAGUUCCAUGGAAGAGGGUUCCGUUGUAUUAUUUUCCACAAGCUCAAGGCCUGAUGGAGAUAAUGGACAGAGACUGGAUGAAUUUGUACUGUUGGACUACCAGGGGUAGCAGUUUAUUCAGAAUCGACCGAGAUCCUGAAUACUGGUAUGCCGUGAAAGUAGCAGUUUCCGAUUUCUGGUGGAAAAAUGUCCAACCAGCAAGAGACAUAUACACUAAUUCCGUAAUCACUGAGCCACUCGCGGAGUUAAGAGAGUUCAGGCCAGCACCAAGGCAUGAACUAUGUCCCUAUAUUGUGAAUGAGAGUCGGAUAAUCAGAGAAAACUCAAAGUUACUGAUGCGUGAAAUUGACGAUAAAAUGGUAGGCUGAAUUGCUGCUGACGUGUUCUCGGACACGGUCCUGGAUUUAGAUCUCUAGAAGAUGCUUAGCAACAUUUGCAUAUGGACAAGGUAGUAAGAAAGGUAUGAUGUUGAGAUGUCUGUUCCACUUUAUUUAAGCUUUCCAUAACUCUUAGCAGAAGCUUAGAACUGGAAUAAGCUUAUGGUGCUCUCAUUCGGAACAGAAGCCAUGAUCAUAACUCGGAAACAUAACGUUUUUAGUGUGAAAUAUGAUGCUUAACUUGGAAAAGGUUUGAAAUUGAUUGCCUGUGACAAUGGAGUUUUCCUCAUGUCAAUAUGUUUCAUAUCCAUCCAUCUUUUCAGCUUUAGAUGAAUUCUGUUCCGGGAUAAAACCUUGAGGGGCGACACUGGACUUGGCUCGGCGAAUUUUGCAAGAGGGUCAGAUGAGAAAAGGCCAGUGGCAGGCACAACCUUGAGCUUGAGACGGCCGGUUCUACGCCAAUAACACGACCUCGUGAGAUUUUUGGUGUAAUUUUCUUCAGAGAUCAGAGUUUUGCUCUGUCUGCCUGUUUUCCCAAACCAGAAGGAUGCCAUGGAUGACCCAUGAGUCACUGAACCAUACGGUGGAGCCGGGGCCUUCACCCGAUCCAUUUCGAAAACGUGUAACCCAACACAGGGGGUACACAAAUAUCUCCAUUAAUCUAUUUUAAUGAUGGUUACUUCUCGUGCCAUUUGUACAGUCUGUAUCUUGUUUUCAUAGUUUUAUUUAUUGUAGGUUAAAAUUUAAUUUAUUAAGCUAAUAAUGUAAAGUAAGGGAAUUGGUUUAGUAAGAUAUGAAAAAGAAGAAAAACCCAGAAAACUCCAACAAUGUAAACUGUAAAAAUGCGAGAGAAGUGAAAGGAGAAACAAAAAAAUA